GCAUUAAUCGUUAUCGAUAUCAGGUGGUUGCAGGAGAAAACUGCAUUUAUUUUGUUAUUUAUUAUAUUUACUAAAUUAAAGUGAUCCUGCGAUGGCCGCCAACAUAGCCGCUGCAGCUGCGGCUGCCCAAGAAGUCGAUCCGGUGCUGAAGAAGGCCAUCAAGCUGCUGCAUUCGAGUACGCCCACCUCGGCGGCUGAAUUGCGUUUGCUUUUCGACGAGGCUCUAAAAACUCGUUUUGGGCCGGAAAAGAGUUUGUCCAACAACAUGAGUCCACGGAUGCUGGAGGAUGAGGCCAACUUUCCGGGGCGGGCAGCCACGCCCCCGCAGCAGCCCAUCAACACGGAUGAGAUCAUCAAUUUGACCAAUUCACCCGAUAAAGAACCCUCGGAUUCGGUGGACACAAUUGCGGAUUCGGAUGAUGGUUUAAGUGCCGUGGGAAUUGUGAAUACCGGCGACACCGGCGACUUUGGCGACCUCAAUUGCUGUGUGUGCGGCGAGAUGGUCUUCACGGCCACCAACCGGCUGAUCGAGUGCUCCAAGUGCGGCGCCAUGUACCACCAGGAGUGUCAUAAGCCACCGAUCACCAAGGAGGAGGCGGCCGACGAUCAGGAGCAGAAUUGGCAGUGCGACACGUGCUGCAAUAAGCCAACGACCAGCGGCAGAGCCACAUCCUCCUCCUCGACGGCGGCGGCGCCCGUGACGCCCACCGUUUUCAUAGCCGACGAACCCAUGCCGCUGACCACCGGCAGCAAGGCGAAGUCCUCGGCUGCCUCGUCGCGCUCCUCCAACUCGUCCAACUCCUCGUCGCCUUUCUACCGGCCGGAGCCCAGCAGCUCCACCAAUGCGAGCAGCAGUAGCAGCAGCAAGCAUGGCCACAAGUCAUCCUCUUCCUCCUCCUCGAAGUCGCACAAGGAGGAGCGAUCAUCCAAGUCAUCAGCGACGGCAACUAGUGCUAUUGGUGCUCUGGAGAAGCACAGCGGUAGUGGCGGCGGCACCUCCUCAUCGCGACGCAGCAGCUCCAGUGCCAAAUCCAGCUCCAAGAGCAGCUCCUCCAAGCACCACGAAAGUGGCAGCAGCAGCAAGAGAAGAUCAAAGCAGUGA